AUGUUGUGUCAGGAUGUUCACCAGUUUGGUCAGAAGCUGGUCCGUAGGCGGCGGCUGGAGCCCAGGGAGGAGUCUGAGAGGGGCAGGGCCCACUGUCUGAACACAGUAGACCUGACAGCUCUGGGUGUGAGCUGUACCCUAGGAGCUGGCGUGUACAUCGUGGUUGGAGAAGUGGCUGUGUACGAAGCGGGACCAGCGAUCGUCAUCUGCUUCUUGCUGGCCGGCCUGUCAACUCUUUUGUCUGGGCUCUGCUACGCGGAGUUGGUGGCCCGGGUACCACGCUCCGGUUCUGCGUAUCUCUAUAGCUACGUCACCAUGGGAGAACUGUGUGCCUUCAUCAUUGGCUGGAACCUCAUCCUGUCUUUUGUCAUCGGCACCGCCAGUGAGGCCAAGGCCUGGAGCAUCGCCUUCGACAGUCUCAUUGGGAACCACAUCUCUCAGGCGUUCCAGGGAACUUUCUCUCCAUAUAUGCCCUACUCCCUGGCCAGGCAUCCAGACUUUUUUGCCCUGCUCCUGGUGCUGCUGCUCACAGGACUACUGGUUCUGGGACUUCAAGAAUCAGUCAUGCUUAACAAAGUGUUUGCAUUCUUGAACCUUGCUAUUCUCAUCUUCAUCAUCGUCUCUGGCUUCAUUAAGGGAGACCUGCACAACUGGAACCUCACAGAACAGGACUACACGUUGAACACAUCUGCACCCACUGACACCUCGAGCUUGGGUCCUCUGGGUGCUGGAGGGUUUACACCUUUUGGCAUUGAAGGGAUUCUCCAUGGAAUAGCAACGUGUGUCUAUGCUUUUGAUGGCUUUGAUGUCAUUGCUACUACAGGAGUAGAAGCCAGAAAUCCUCAGCUUUCCAUCCCCAUUAGCAUCAUGGUCACGAUCUUCAUCUGCUUUUUGGUGUAUGUUGGUGGCUCAGCAGCACUCACCCUCAUGGUGCCCUACUACCAGAUUCAUCCUGAGAGCCUCCUGCCACAGGCUUUCCUCGGUGUUGGGUGGGGCCCUCUAAGAUGUGUCCUGGCUGCCCUCACCAUCUGCGCUCUUUCAUCCAGCCUCCUGGGCACUAUGUUCCCUAUGUUUCGUGUGAUCUACACAAUGGCAGAGGAUGGGCUCCUUUUCAGGAGACUUGCCCAAAUCCAUGCCCGCACACGAACUGCCAUCUGGACCAUCUUGGCUUCUGGAAGUCUUGCAGCGGUCAUGGCACUACUCUUAGAGCUCACUGAUCUUGCGGACCUCAUGUCAACUGGGACCCUGCUCGAUUACUCCCUGGUGGCCUUUUCUGCGCUUGUCCUCAGGUAUCAGCCAGAACAGAAUUUAAGCCAGAAUGAGACAGCAGAAGAGGAAAUAGAUAUUCCUCAGCUGGAAGCAAGACCUUUACAAUCUGUACCUGAAGCAGAAAAUUCAAGGAUUCUGAAGACUCUGUGGUUCCCUCCCAGCACCAUCCCCACUCGGAAAUCUGGGCGGAUUGUCUACGGAUGUGCCUUCCUGCUUGUUCUCCUGCUGAUGGUCCUGAGCCUGAUCCUGGCCCUGUUGACCAGCCGUGUAUUCUCUGGACUCUCAGUGUACAUGACAGUGGCUGUGCUGCUGCUGCUCAUCAUUGGGGUCACAGUCAUCAUCUGGAGGCAGCCCCAGAACCCCUCUCCUCUUCACUGCAAGGUGCUUUAUUGGCCCAUCCUCCCACUGGUGAGCAUCUUUGUCAACGUUUACUUGAUGAUGCAGAUGAACACUAGGACCUGGGUCCAGUUUGGCCUCUGGAUGGGGAUUGGAUCUGCUGUAUACUUUGGAUUUGGGAUCCGACACAGCCUGGGGGAGAAUGAUGAUCAACAGCCGCCGGCCUCCAGUCCCCACAUGCUUGACGGAAACAUCCCUGGUGAUGAAUCUUCUUAACCACAGGACAUAGACGCUGUGUGGAAUCCCUCCAGACUCAGAAGUAUCUUCCAGUUCAAGUGGCACUUUGAGCCUCUAUGGAGCCUGAAGGUGACAUGCAUUUACAGCCAUGUGCUUAUUGCCAGCAGACAAAUGACUUUACUAUUGAAUAAUUUUGAAGUAAACUUUUCAAAGCAAAAUAUAUAUUCAGAAAGGCACAUGCUUCAUAAGUGAGCCUCAAGGUGAAUUUUCACAAAGAAAGUACAACAGAAUAACCAUCAACCAGAGAAAGUACUAAAAUAUUAAUGGGUGUAUAAGAAGCACCUUCUUGUGUCUAUUUCCACUGAAAACACAGAGAUUGUGACCUGGGAAGGAAAUGCAGGUAAGUAUAUUUCCUGUCCAGGGUUAUACUUUAAACAUUAGGACAUAAAUAGGUUGGAAGUAAAAGGAAGGGGACAAACACGUUGUACAAACAGUAACACAAGAAUGCUAGGGCAGCUACCUUAUUAAAGAACAAAGUAGAGUUUAAGAAAAAGAGAGUAACAGAUAAAGUGGAUCGUUGAGUAAUGAUAAAGGGAAACGCUCAUUUUAAUCUCUUCCCCCAGCUUACUGAGAUGUAGUGAAACAUCGUCCAAAUGAUCAUUUCUCUUUACUCUUCUGUGGUAGAACAUUAGAGUUGCACAAGAGAGUUGAUGAGAAAAAGUUCUUAAUUGCAAAAACAACAAGGACACCUGCAUUGCUAGAGGAAGGGGAAUGGGAUGGGGAGUCAUAAUUGGUUGAUAAAUGCUUCCAGUUGGGUGAAGCUGAAAGAUGGAAAACGAACCUGUGAAACAAGAUGAAAAGUGGUUGCUGCAGAACAGAAUGCUCGAAACUGAGGUCAUGGACUUGCAUGAUGUCGGUGAUAAUGAUAUAGAGGGUUGUUUGUGGGAAUGAACAACUGAAGUAGAGUAAAAGGGGGAUGGAAGUCAAGAAACUAAGCAGCAAAAUUAUCAGGUGGAUUAAAGAAUAAAUGCAGGAAGAUUAGCAGAAUUAGAGAUAUCACUAUCUAGCGAGUUCUAAUGAAAUUAUUGGCUGAGAAAUUAAUGGGGACUGAAGCUGUCAGGUGAAACUUUGAUGGAGGAGGUUGACAUCACCUGAUUGUCAUUCUUCCCUUACUGAUGUGGGACACCCAGGUCCUGUGCUACCCCAUGAGCCGUGAUAAGCAGUACAGAACCCUUCCUGGAACAUAGCCUUGAUGACAAACUGCAUCAGAAUACAAUCAAGCCUCUAGAGCGACUCCCAGCUCAGAGCAGAUAUAAAGGAUAGAUUCACAUUUCAACUGAAAAUGCAAUCAGCCAAAACCAGAAUGUGGGUAAUUCUCCAGGAAAGCAAAUGGUGCAUUUUUAUAACUAUUAAAUGGUAUGGGGAGUUCCCUGGUGGUCUAGUCAUUAGGACUCCGUUUUUCCCCUGCAGGCUGUGCGAGUUCUGUCCCAAUUGGGGGAACUAAGAUCCCACAAGCUGCACAGUGCAACCAAUAAAAUAAGUGAUGUGACCCAAAUUGGAGACUUAUUCAUUAAUCAAAUAUGAUUACCCAUACAGGUAUACACUGGGAAUAUUGCUGGUUGGGUCCAGAUGACCCAAUUUUAAAAAAUGGCAAUAAAAGGAGUCAUACACAAAUUUUUUAGUUUCCCCAUGCGUCUAAAAGUCACGUUUUUAAAAAGUUACAUUAUGCUAUGCUCUACUCAGUGUGCAAUAGCAUUUUGUUUUUUAAAAAAUGUACACCCCUUGAUUUAAAAAUAUUUUUUCUAAAAUAUGGUAGACACCAAUUGAUAACACAGUGGUCACAAAUCAGUUUAAACAUGCAAUAUUUGUAAAAAGUGAAGCAUGUGUGUACAUGUG